AUGGCUCCCGCGCCUACCAACACCGAGUGGUCGGUCGCAUACGACACCUUGCGGCGUGAGAAUCUCUUCAAGAACCCGCCCAAGGACCACACCGCCUACCCGACCCUGGCCGAGUCGAUCAAGCCGCAUAUCGACUCGUUCAACCAGCUCUUUGGAGGCAGCCAGAUCUUGGAGGAAGGUCUCAAGGAUAUUGGCAUCAAGUCAUUCCUUGAUGGAGAACCAGAGACCCCCGAGCAAAAGAAGGCUCGUAUCGCCGAGGGCCGCCGCGCGCCCAAGCGCAAUCGUCUGAACGUGCGUGUCAAGGAGAUUUUCCUCGACAAACCCACCCUCCCCCCAACCAACAAGUUCAGCCACAAGAACCGCAACAUCUACCCUUCCGAGUGCCGUGAGCGACACUCGACCUACCGUGGGAAGCUCCGCGCUCGUCUCGAGUACCAGAUCAACAAUGGAGACUGGAUGGAGUCUGUGCGCGAACUGGGUCAGGUCCCUAUCAUGAUGCGCACUAAUCGCUGCCACCUCGAGAAGGCAACCCCGGAGGAUCUCGUCACGCACAAAGAAGAGUCGGAGGAAUUGGGUGGUUACUUCAUUGUGAACGGUAACGAGAAGUUGAUCCGUAUGUUGAUCGUCGGCAAGCGCAACUACCCCAUGUCCAUCGUUCGUGGUUCUUUCGUCAAGCGUGGUCACACUUAUACCAAGUUUGGUGUCCAAAUACGAUCCGUUCGACCCGAUCAAACCUCUCAGACCAACGUUUUGCACUACCUCUCCGAUGGAAACGUUACUUUCCGAUUCUCCUGGCGCAAGAACGAGUUCCUCGUGCCCGUUAUGAUGAUCCUCAAGGCUCUCGUGGAGACCAAUGAUCGCGAAAUCUUCGAGAACCUUGUUGGCAGUGCCACCUCCAAGGGCAUGAACAACACUUUCGUCACAGACCGUGUCGAGCUUCUGCUCCGAACCUACCAGGCCUACAACAAGCACAGCCGCUACGACUGCCGGGCUCACCUGGGCAAGUGCUUCCGCCCUGUCCUCGGUGUCCCUGCCGAUAUGUCUGAUGAGGACGUCGGUACGGAGUUCCUGCGCAAGGUCGUCUUGCCUCACCUGGGUAACCAGAACGUUACCGAGACUCAGGAUUACGACAAGUUCAAGAUGAUCAUCUUCAUGAUCCGGAAACUGUACGCUCUGGUUGCUGGCGAUUGCGCCCCCGACAACCCUGAUGCUGUUUCAAACCAGGAGAUUCUGCUGGGUGGUUUCUUGUACGGUAUGAUCUUGAAGGAGCGUAUCGAGGAGUGGCUGCGAUCUUUCGGUCCCAUUGCCCGCGACUGGUCUAUGCGAAAUGGCGGUGCCAAAUUCUCGGAUCCCUCUUUCGAACGAGACUUCUUGGCCAAGAUCGUCAAGCGGUCGAACGAGAACAUUGGUAACGCGCUCGAGUACUUCCUCUCUACCGGUAACUUGGUCAGUCCCACUGGUCUCGAUUUGCAACAGACCUCCGGUUACACCGUUAUUGCCGAGAAGAUCAACUUCUACCGUUUCAUCAGUCACUUCCGCAUGAUUCACCGUGGUAGUUUCUUCGCUCAGCUGAAGACUACUACUGUGCGUAAGCUACUGCCCGAGAGUUGGGGUUUCUUGUGCCCGGUCCACACUCCUGAUGGUUCGCCCUGUGGUCUGCUGAACCAUUUGGCCCACAAGUGUCUGAUCGCUACCGAUAACCUGGAUGUUUCUCACCUGCCCAAGAUCCUUGUUCAGCUUGGUGUUCGUGCCGAGUCUUCCGUUGCUAUCGAUGACAGCGUUGUCGUUCAAUUGGAUGGUCGUAUCAUCGGUUUCUGCUCGCCCAAGCAGGCCAAGCAGAUACACGACACUCUCCGCUACUGGAAGGUCUCCGGCACCAACGACAUUCCCCGCGGCCUUGAGAUUGGUUAUGUCCCCAACUCCAACGGCGGUCAGUACCCAGGUAUCUACAUGUUCUCGCAGUCUGCUCGUAUGUACCGUCCUGUCAAGUACCUGGCCAACGAGGGUCUUGACUUCGUGGGUCCCUUCGAGCAGCCUUUCAUGGAGAUUGCCUGUCUAGAAGGCGACUUGAUCGCCGGUCUGUCGACUCACAUUGAAUACACGCCGACCAACAUCCUCUCCAUUGUGGCCAACAUGACCCCCUUCUCCGACUACAACCAGUCCCCCCGUAACAUGUACCAGUGCCAGAUGAGCAAGCAGACCAUGGGUACUCCCGGCACAUCCAUCAACUACCGUACAGAUAACAAGUUGUACCGCCUACAAACUGGUCAGACCCCCGUCGUCCGGACACCUCUGUACAACGCCUACGGCCUCGAUAACUUCCCCAACGGUACCAACGCUAUUGUCGCCAUUAUUUCCUACACCGGUUACGACAUGGACGACGCUAUGAUCAUCAACAAGUCCGCCCACGAGCGUGGUUUCGGUCACGGAACCAUCUACAAGACCAAGGUGCACAGCCUUGCCGAGCGUGACUCGCGCCGCAGCAAGUCUAGACGCGAAGUCACCAAGCUCUUCGGUUUCGCUCCCGGCGAUGAGAUCCGUGCGGAGGCCAAGGCCUUGAUCGACAGUGACGGUCUGCCGCACAUUGGCGUGCGCGUGAAGGAGGGCGAUAAGAUCGCCGCCUACCACAACGUCCGCUACGACGCAGCCACCGACUCCUUUGUCAACGUCGACGGCAUCACGCACUACAUCAAGUACAAGGAUGCUGAGGCUGGUUACAUUGAGAGCAUCCGCAUCAUGGGUUCUGAGAACGGUAACGAGCCUGCUCAGUCUCUGAGUGUCAAGUACCGUAUCCCGCGUAAGCCUAUUAUCGGUGAUAAGUUCUCGUCUCGUCACGGUCAGAAGGGUGUUUGCUCGCAACUCUGGCCUGCUGUCGACAUGCCCUUCUCCGAGAGUGGCAUGCAACCUGAUCUGAUCAUCAACCCCCACGCUUUCCCAUCCCGUAUGACAAUCGCGCAAAUGAUCGAGUCCAUGGCCGGUAAAGCCGGUGCCCUCCACGGCCACCCGCAAGACUGCACGCCAUUCCAGUUCUCCGAGGAGAACACCGCCACCGACUACUUCGGCCACCAGCUGCUCAAGGCCGGAUACAACUACUACGGUAACGAGCCCCUGUACAGUGGUAUCACGGGCCGCGAGUUCGCAGCCGACAUCUACAUGGGUGUCGUCUACUACCAGCGUCUGCGUCACAUGGUGAACGACAAGUUCCAGGUCCGCACGACGGGUCCCGUCAACGCGCUGACCGGCCAGCCCGUCAAGGGUCGUGCCAAGGGUGGUGGUAUCCGUGUCGGUGAGAUGGAGCGUGAUUCCCUGAUUGCCCACGGUGCCGCCUUCCUCCUGCAGGACCGUCUCAUGAACUGCUCCGACUCCCAGCAUGCCUGGAUCUGCCGUGACUGCGGUUCCUUCUUGUCCACCCAGGUCGCCGUCUCCGGCUCCGGUUCGUCUCGCCGCGCUGCCGUUAACCCCGGUGCCGCGGCUGCCGCGGCCAAGGCCGCGCCUAACCAGAAGCUCGGUGCUGGCGCGACGACCGUUGGUGCUCUCGGCGGUACGAAUGGUAUUGUGCGCUGCCGUCGUUGUGCUCGCUCGGCUACCUUCGAGGACUCGCGUGCUGAGGCCUGGGAGGACGGUGAAGGCGUGCGCUAUGUCGGUGGUGACAACGUUACUGUCGUUGCUGUGCCGGGUGUCCUGCGUUUCCUGGACGUCGAGUUGGCGGCUAUGGGUAUCCGCAUGAAGUUCAAGAUCGAUAACUAA